GUGAACACACAUUUCUUCGAUAUUUGGCUAUAGGUUGUUAUGCCAAAGUUGGGUUGGAGGUGGUUGCUUGCACUAAUGCACUAUCAUCAUUUGCCACACUUGCCUUUUAUGGUUUCAUAGUAGAAUCUCCUAGGUACCUGUGUUCCCAGGGAAGGGUAAAAGAUGCUCACAUUAUCUUGAAAAGGAUGGCUGCAGUGAACCAAACAAAACUUCCAACUGGAAUGCUUGUUUGUGAGAAAACUACUGGUGCCAAUGAAGAAGCCUUACCAUCAAAGGAAUCAGGCACUUGUGCUAAUUUUAGAGCCGGAUUCUCUUCUCUGUUUGCAAUAUUGUCACCCAAAUUAAUAGGAACUACCCUUCUCAUAUGGACACUGUAUUUUGGGAAUGCAUUUUUGUAUUAUGGAGUUAUACUAAUGACCUCAGAGCUUAGCAGUGGCCAAACUAAAUGCCUCUCAACUACUUCAUCGGGCUUGAGCAGUAAUUCUAGCCUAUAUAGAGAUGUUUUUUUACGAGUCUAGCAGGUAAACAUAAUUCUCUUCAUCAAGGUGUUCAUUAAUAUCAAUAUUAUAUAUUAGUACUCCCUGAUAUUUUAGUGUUAGUUUCUAGUUAUUAAUAAUUGAAAUAGUUUUCUAUUUGCACCAAUAUUUUGGUUAUUAUUCCUCAUAACAAUAUUGUACUCCCUAGUCCCUACCAACAGAGGUACAUUUCUGUGAACUAUUUUAGUCCCUAAAAAAGUUAUGUAGAUUCAGUUUUUAGUUGAUGCAUGUAAAGAUAGGGAAGUGAUUUUUGUCAAAUACUCCUAAUCAUUUUAUAUAUAUAUUCAGAACUGUUCAUUUCUGUUUUUGAGAAAUAACAGAGAAUGAAUAAUGUUCAGAGGUUCCUGGUCUUAUAUUAGCAGCAAUCUUGAAUUGGUAGACAAAGUUGGUCGAAAAUUACAUUGACGCUUAUGUUCGCAUUGGGCUUCCUCUUUCUAUUACCAAUUGGUUUACAUCAGAAUGAGACUUUAACCACUCUCUUAUUAUCUGGAGCUCGUAUGUGCUUCAUUGGGACAUUCACAAUUGUUGUGAUAUAUUGCCCUGAGAUAUAUGAUAUAUCAUAUAUCCAACUUCUGUGAGGACAACAGGGGCCGGAGUUGCCAACUCAGUAGGGCGAAUUGCUGGGAUGAUAAUAU